AUGUCGAUUCUACCUGGACUAACAGAACUAACACCAGAAUUAUACCUAGACGUCAAUAAAACUCACCAACUAACUUUAAAAGAGAGUACAGAAUGGAAAAUUGAUAUACCGACUUCUUCUAAAUUGACCAUAAAGAUAAGGUCAGGGAUAGCUGAAAUCUUUGGAACAGAAUUAGCAAAUGAUAUUGAAUAUGUUUUCACCAAUUGGAAAAUAUCACUACUCGCUGUAGAAGAUGUAAUAUUAGAAUGGAAAUGUCCAGAUAUUUCCGGUAACAAAGCUUUAAUAAUACAACAAAACACAACUUCCAAAUUUGUUUAUAAUUUACACUUUGCAUUGGAUAAACUAAGAACGGCAAGUUUCAAUGGGCCUCGUAUUAUGAUUGUUGGUGAUACAAAUUCUGGGAAAACGGCACUUUGUAGAACAUUAUGUUCUUACGCUAUCAAAAACAUGCCUUAUCAACCAUUAUUUAUUAAUUUAAACCCCAACGAAGGAAUAUUUACUCCACCUGGUUGUCUGUCUGCGACUCCAAUAUCAGAUCUAUUAGAAGUACAAGCUCAAACUUGGGGUCAAAGUAUGACUAGUGGUGCUACUGUACUACAUAAUAAACAACCCAUUGUGAAGAAUUUUGGGCUUGAAGAAGUCACCAAAAAUAAACCGUUAUAUCUGAAUUGUAUUGAUCAAUUGGCCAAAGAUGUUAAUGAAAGAUUACAAAAUGAUGUUAUUGUACAACGAUCAGGGUGUAUAAUAAAUACUCCCCCAUUAUCUCAAUUCUAUGAUAAUGCAACAAAUCAAUAUGAUAGUUAUGACGGCUUGCUUAAAAUUAUUCAAUGUUUAAAUAUAGGUAUCGUGGUAAUAUUAACUAAUGAUACCGAUGAAGAACAAGAAAAGGAAAAAAUCAAUAAGUUAUUUGACAAAUUGAAAUCUAUAAUAGAUCAAAAUUCAAUUAUAAGAUUCCCCAAACUAAGUGGUAGGUUUCAAGAUGCAGAUGAUACAUAUAAAAGAUCAUUACAAAGAGCCGCAAUUAGAGAAUAUUUUUAUGGUACACCAAGAACUGUACUAAGUCCUUACGCAGCAGGUGCAGAUUUCGAUGAGAUUGUGAUCUGGAAAUCAAUGGAAUUGAAUGUAAAUAUGCAACAAGAUAUGAUAAAUCCCUUUCAACUUGAAUCAGUCCCCAUUGAAGCAAAUGUUUUACAACAUGCAUUAGUAGCCAUCACAUAUGCUGAUAGAAAAGCAUCAAGUGAAGAGGUAAGUAAGGCACCAAUAUUAGGUUUUGGUUUAAUUACGGAAGUCAAUGAAAAGAGAAGGAAAAUAUGGGUCUUAUUACCUGUCCCAGGGAGGGUACCCAAUAAGGCCAUCAUUUUAACGUCUUAUAGAUAUUUAGAAUAG